AUGUCCCUGGUUUUCUUUUGGUGCUGUUGCUGCUACUGUUUGUGGGGAUGUACCUUCGGGACGGGCUUUCUCUAUCAGUUCCCGGCAUCGACCCUGCAGCACAACUACCCCGAGACGAGUGCCGGAGGAGGACCGUCCGGGAACAGCUUCGUAAAUCGCCGGCACUGGUGUCACUACACCGUCACCCGGACCGUUUCCUGCCAGGUGCAAAAUGGCUCAGAGACGGUGAUCCAAAGACUUUAUCAGAGUUGCCGGUGGCCGGGACCGUGCGCCAACUUAGUGAGGACUCUCAUCAGGCCCACGUACAAGAUCUCCUACAGAACGGUGACGGCCCUCGAAUUGCGAUGCUGCCCUGGUUUCACGGGAAGCAACUGCGAGGAAGAAUGUAUGAAUUGCACGAGACUCACGGAUAUGACGGAGCGGCUGAACACCCUCGAAGCCAAAAUCCUUCUGCUUGAGGCUGCAGAGCGAGUUCCGCCUUCAGAGAAUGACUUGCCCAUGGCGAGGACGACGGCCACAUGGUAUGAUGACUUUGUGCCAGACGCCAUUCCGCUAGCCAACCCAGGCACUGUACUGAGAAAACCAAUGGGACCUGUUGGGUUACCCGGACCAGUUGGGAAACCAGGACCGGCAGGCCCGAAAGGCGAAAAGGGAGAGAGUGGCGACAGGGGUCCGUCUGGACCACCAGGGUUGCUUGGACCUCCAGGGCCCAGGGGAUAUCCCGGGGAAACCGGGAUUCCCGGACCACCAGGGCCUCCUGGGCCAUCAGCCUCUCCGGGCCUCCCGUUAACAUUUCAACAAGGAGUCCUGUACUCGCUGCAGUCCAACGCAGAGAAAGAAAACGGGGAGACGCAGCUGGCGCCCACAGUCAUCGACACAAUCUUGGCUGGUUUACCUGGACCUCGUGGCGCACCUGGCCCCGUUGGCCUGCCAGGACCACCUGGAUCUUCAGGUCCCAAAGGGGCACCAGGACCUAUUGGAGCACCUGGACUACAGGGCGUAUCCGGAUCCCCUGGGCAGCCUGGAUCCAAAGGUUCCAAAGGAGACCGAGGAGAAAGGGGGCAACCAGGGCUGUCUGGUGAAAGAGGCACUAAGGGACUUUCCGGCGAACCUGGUAAGAAAGGCGAAGAAGGAGACAAAGGUGCAGAUGGUGAAGGCGUCCAACAGCUUCGAGAGGCCCUGAAGAUAUUAGCUGAGAGAGUGUUAAUUUUAGAACAUAUGAUAGGAAUUCACGAUUCUUUCUCUUCCGUUGAACCAGGCUCAGGACAAGAUGUGAUCCUGGGCGCCCCGCUCCGAGCGAAUGUGAAAAUCAAGCGGCACCACUCGAACCAGAUCCUGUCUUCGCUCCUGGGAGACGGCGAAGCCAAAGGGAAGAGCGACCGAAAGAAGUAGAAUUCCAGUCCAGUCACAAAGGCUGAAGAGACUUAAGCACCGUUUACUGCUGUUGGUGCGCUCCGCGGAUCGGGACGAUGGAACGCCCGUCGGAUAAGGAACACAUUCCUUGAACUCUCCAUGAUCUUUCAAAUGUAUACCUUUACCCUUACUCCAUGUCCUAUCUUUGUCUCUGUGUCCACGUCCAUCUCAGAUGACCACUUUCAUGCCCAGAAAUGAAGAGAUCACAUGUGAUAAAGACACCAUCUUAGAGGAUUUUGGAAACCACUAACAUAAGAGUCACCCAUCUUUCCUUCCUUCAGAGGAGACUUUCCACCUCAACUUGCUUGCUAAGGAAAUUCCCCCCACAUGUGUCUGCUGUGGAACCCAUUCUGCAUUCUAGAAUAUUCCGGGGCAUUUUAGAGCACACACUCAAUCCAUUCGGAGUGUUGGGCGUACCCGUUGGGUCUACCAUCACUCUGCAUGAACUGAGGAUGUGUUC